AGAGAGAGAUGAACUGACAGCUGAACAUUCAGAACUCGGACAGAAGAGCCAACAGGGAUGAACAGCAGCUUCUGAAAGUUAUGAAUUUUCAAGGAAGUCGGACAGUUUAAAAACAUCGUCGCCAUGUGGGACAACGCAGGACGAUGACCGGACAUCUGCAUCUUCUCACAGCUUUGAACUAUUUUACUUAUUUUACUGGUGCUGAUUUUAGAGAAGCAUGCGGGAACACAAAGUGUGAUUGGUUUUUCGCACCAAAGACUGAAUCUUAGUAAGAACAGCUAACUUUUGAACUGCAGGAGCUGGAAGAGUGACUCCCAUCAUAAUGAACUGCGCUGUCAUUCUUCUAUUAACAUCAAGCUGCUUCACCUGGUCUUCAGGGAUAUAUAUACCCAAUGGAUCAGCACCCAAGAAGCUGAAGUACCUCCUCGAGCCGCCUGUGUAUGCCGAGGUCGUUGCCCGAAGGGGAGAAAACGCCACGUUGCCGUGUAUCCUGAGAACCAAACCCAGCCUUUACAAGGUGAAAUGGACAAAGCUGGAGCCAGAACACGUGGGGCAGGAGAACAUUAUCAUGAUAACAAAUGCACACGGCUUCAAGCCGUACGGCCAUCUCGGGCCACGUGCUUCUCUACGGAAGGCUCACACCAUGGACGCCUCCCUGCAGCUCAGCCGCCUUGAGCUGGACGAUGGCGGCAAAUAUCGCUGCGAGCUUGUCAACGGCAUCGAGGAUGAGAAUGUUGUCAUUACUUUGAGGAUUGAAGGAGUAGUGUUUCCAUAUCAGAGCAAAGAUGGCCGCUACAGAUUCACCUUCCCUGAGGCGAAGGAGGCUUGUGCUGAGCAAGACGGCAAACUAGCGACAUACAGUCAGCUGUACAGAGCGUGGACCGAGGGUCUGGACUGGUGUAAUGCCGGCUGGCUCCACGAUGGAACCGUCCAUUACCCCAUCAUUUAUCCUCGACCUGCCUGCGGAGGAGAGUUGCUCCCCGGCAUUCGUAGUUAUGGACCAAAAGAUAAGAAUCACGAUCAUUUCGACGCUUUCUGCUUCACCUCCCAGACGUCUGGCUCCGUCUACUACAUACCGGGGUCUUUCUCUUUCGAGCAGGCAGGAAAAGCAUGUCAGCGUCAGGGAGCCGAGUUGGCGUUGGUCGGCCAUCUUUACUCCGCCUGGCGCUUCCAAAAAUACGACCAGUGUGACGGCGGCUGGCUGAGGGACGGCAGCGUGCGGUUUCCCAUCAACAGCCCCAGGGAGCACUGCGGGGGCGUCCCGGAGGCAGGGGUGCGCUCCUUUGGAUUCCCCAACAAGAUGAUGCAUCUGUACGGCGCCUAUUGCUACAGGUAGCUCAAAAUAAAGAACAAAUACACUUCUUACAUCUGUAUCUCAACAGAGCUGUGAGUCUAAUCAACAUAAAUCCAGCAAUCGAUCCUGAGCAAGAAUCUCCUCAUUUGCAGCUGCAGAAAGUUAAUGAGGUUAUGUUUGAAUCCUAGUAUCUUUAAAAAUUUAAUUGUCAUACUUUAGUCUAAAUUUCUGAAAGAAAAGGUCAACUUUCCAUGUAAUAUUUUCAACCUGAUCUCAGAAAAUUAUGUGACUUCUUAACACCAAGUU